AUGGAUUUCCUUAUGAAAUGGAAUAGCAUCGUUCAUCAGUUAGACGCUUUACCAGGUAAUACGAGCGGUGACUCUAAUGAGAAAGCAAUUAUCAAGCGGUGUUUAUCAAAAGAAACAUUGCAAGCCUUGUAUCAGAGACAUGAUACUUGUGAACUCAGUGUAGAUCAAUUGAGAAAGGGCAUUGAGAAAUUAAUUGAGCGUUUAGGUAGAAGUAAUAUGCAUAACCCCACGCCAUCACCGUCCAACCCAGUUAAGAGUGGCAAGGAUCGUAACACGAGUUCGAAAAACGAGCGUCAAGCUAAUUCGCCCAGUGGUGCUUUCAGAACUAUUGUUGAAAAUACCCCUAAGAAAAUAACUUUUUCUUGUUGUUUUUGUCAAGGCGAACACAGCGGUAAGGUCUGCACGAAAUACAAUACUUUAGAGACUAGAAGAGCUCGUAUCAAUGAAUUACAACUAUGCUUUGGUUGUUUACGAAAGGGUCAUCGUUUAUUUGAAUGUAACAGUAAGAGUAAGACAUAUUGUUUUAACUGUAAUGGUAAACAUCAUACAUUCCUAUGUGCUAGACUAUUACCUAAUUCUACGAGCGUCAAUGUAAAUUCGUCUCAGCAACCUUCUAGCACCAAAUCAGGUCAUAGUAGAGUUGAUAACAAGCCAAUAGAAACUGCUCAAUCGCAGCCUAGUUUCAGGACUAGUCAGAAAUCACCGGCUACGAAUAAUCAGAGUAAUUCUCAGAAUAAUGUUAACAGUAAUCAAGUAGCUGUGAAAAAUGUCGCAUCUCUUCGACCGAGAGCGUUACCGACACCCACCCUUCUUUUGAGUAAUGAUGCGAAUCGGAUCCCGGUUCGAGCAUUUUUAGAUAGCGGAUCUCAAAGAACGUUCAUUAACCCAGAUGUUGUUGAGAAAUUGAAAGUGCCCAUAAAGCAAGUGGAACUUACAUUAAUUCCGUUUGGAGAUAAUGUUGAAACUGAAAUCUUUGAUGUAGUAAGAGUAAUGGUUCGAGCAGGUACUAAACGUAUCAAAUUAAAUGCUGUUGUUUGUAAUCAUGUUAACAUUUCCAUACGCACACCUGGUCUACGCAACGUGUAUCUGCGAUUGCAAGAACGAGGUGUUAAACUGGCAGAUAAGAAUAUUUGA